AUGCCGUCGUUGUCAUCACAACGGGUUUCCGAUGAUGCUGGUGGGUCUUCUGGAGUGAAAGCGUCAAAGGAAUCCAAAUGCAAAUCAAAGUCUUCAUCAGAAGCUCCUUUAGUAGUCUCUUACUUCCCCACUAACUCUUAUCUCUCUCGCUUGUGA